AUGGUCAAGGCCGUUGCUGUUCUCCGUGGUGACUCCAACGUCAAGGGCACCGUGACCUUCGAGCAAGCAGAUGAGAGCCGCCCUACCACCAUCUCCUGGAACAUCUCGGGCCACGACCCCAAUGCCCAGCGUGGUUUCCACGUUCACCAGUUUGGAGACAACACUAACGGCUGCACCUCUGCUGGCCCACACUUUAACCCAUUUUCCAAAACGCAUGGCGCUCCCGGCGAUGCUGAACGCCAUGUUGGUGACCUAGGCAACAUCCCCACUGAUGCUCAGGGCAACGCCAUUGGCUCUGUCGAGGAUCACCAUGUCAAGCUGAUUGGAGAGCACAGCGUGCUUGGACGCACGGUCGUUGUUCAUGCAGGCACCGAUGAUUUGGGCCGGGGUGGAAACGAAGAAUCGAAGAAGACCGGCAAUGCUGGCCCUCGUCCCGCUUGCGGUGUCAUUGGCAUCGCUGGAUAA